GGCUGUGCAGGCUGGCGCUCUGCUCUCCCUUCCCUCUCAGACGGGCGGGAUCACGCGCCCCGGUCGGGCCGGAUCCCGGUCGCCGCUUCCCGGCCCUGCAGGCCGCGGAGAGGGGAGAGGCCGCCGGCGUGGCCUGGACCCUGCUCUCUGCACCAGGCUUUGUCCAGGCGGGGAGGGCCUGAAGCGGGCCCGGAGGCCAUGGAAUCGUCAGCUCGGAGGAGGCCGCACGCGGGCUCCACGGGCCACCCGGGCAGACACCCUGCAGGCAAAGCUGAAGAUGGGUCCCGAACUUCUCCUUUCCAUCUUGACCUAUGGUUCUACUUGACAUUACAGAACUGGAUUCUAGAUUUUGGCCGUCCCAUUGCCAUGAUAAUUUUCCCUCUAGAGUGGUUUCCACUUAACAAGCCCAGUGUGGGAGACUACUUUCACAUGGCUUACAACGUCAUCACACCAUUUCUCUUACUCAAGCUCAUUGAAAGGUCCCCCAAGACCCUGCCUCGAUCCAUUGUGUACGUGUGUAUUAUCACCUUCAUCAUGGGCUCAAGCAUUCACCUGGUGGGAGACUCUGUGAACCACCGUCUGAUCUUCAGUGGGUACCAGCACCACCUGUCUGUCCGGGAGAACCCCAUCAUCAAGAACCUGAAACCAAAAACACUGAUUGACUCCUUCGAGCUGCUCUACUACUACGAUGAAUAUCUCGGACACUGCUUGUGGUACAUCCCCUUCUUCCUCAUCCUUUUCAUGUACUUCAGUGGCUGCUUCACCACUUCAAAGAGGGAGAGCAGGAUGCCUCGGUCCGCUUUGCUCUUGUUGGGCCCUAGCAGCCUGUACUAUUGGUAUCUGGUCACUGAAGGGCAGAUCUUCAUCCUCUUCAUCUUCACCUAUUUCGCUAUGAUGGCGUUCGUGAUGCACCAGAAGCGGAAGCGCCUCUACCUAGACAGCAAUGGACUCUUCCUCUUCUACACCUUCUUCUUUACGCUUCUAUUUGUAGCCCUGUGGGUGCUGUGGCUGUGGAAUGAUCACACCCUCAGGAAGAAAUACCCAGGAGUUAUCUACAUUCCAGAACCAUGGGCCUUCUACACCCUCCAUAUCAGCAAGCACCCCUGAGCUCCUCAGGGCCCACAGCCAAGAGGGUUUUCUUGGGAGGGAUUGUGUGUGAGCAGUCUGUUGGGAAGAAGCCACCCCAUUCCUUACCUCUCUCCAACAAAGCAAAACAUGCUUCCCUGUGCCCUUCCUCUCCCUGCCACCCUAACUAAGUGGGCUUGUGGUGUGUGUGUAUUGUUAGGGAUCUACAUUUUGUUUCCGUCUUUUCAGGCUUAGGUUUAGUUUUAAGGAAACACAUCACAGGGCUGAGAAAAUGGGCCUUGUAUAACAAUCUGCCUUGUGCAGAAAACCUUCCCCACGCCCAGCGGAUUUACCAUGUUUGUGUUCUAUGUUGUGAUUGUAAAAAUCAGCCAGCAAGAGGCUCCCAGGUAGGGACUCAUGGCCAGAGGCAUCUUGGGCGGCUUGAUGUAGAGGGGUUGGAAGAACCCUCUUUUCCAGAGCCAUUAUUAUCCUUUUUCUGUGCCUCAUCAGAACUGGACCUAAGGGCUUCAGAACAUCCUCUCCAGAGGCUCUUGUUGCUCCUCACUGAUAGGAUGAGAGAAAGAAGGACUAAUCAUACCUGGGCUGGGGUUGGGGGGGGAGCCAUCCUGAGUCCUGAAAGAGCUGGCCUGGCAUGGAUGAGAAAAGAAGAGAGAUGAGGUCUUAGCCCCUGUCAGAAAUUAGGUUUUGCUUGGACUCAUGGCUUAUUUCCAGAAAUCUCAUCCUAGUCUUUUAUGCUGGGAACUGGGCAGCAUGCCAGCUUCAAAUGACCCAUGAGCCAAUUCUCUUCCAGGGAUCCAGCUCUUCCCUUCCCUGGGUGUGGUGGUGGGUAGUCAGGGUGAAGAGGGCUUGGUAGAGCUGUUCCCCAGCUCCAUCACUAUCUAGGUAUUGUAAUAUAUAUUUUUUUAAUCUUCAUGGACUUCUGAAUUGGCAGAAGAAUUUUCCAGUGCCUCAUGUGAUAUGGGGGUGUCCCUGGGUUCUUAAAGGCUCUCACAGGUCCUGCUGUACUAGAAGGGUGAUAAGCUGUGGUCCUGAGUCUGAGGGCCAGCCAGCCUAAGCCUAGAGGGGACACAUGGCCAGAAGGCCAUCAGCAGGUGGUUCAUCUUUUGGCCACAGCUACUUGUAAAUACAGUCUACCAAGGUGUGAAGGGGGUAAAGUGUGGUAAUGAAUGAAGUGCCCAUGCCAGAGACACCUCUUAUCUUUGGAAGUCAAUCAUCUGAGUUCCAGGAAAAUAAGUGAGCCUGCCUGGAAAAGUUUAGGAGGCGUCAGGGUUAGCCUAGAACAGUGAUGGGCAAACUAUUCCCCCGCAGGCCAGAUCCAGGCUGUAGUUUGCCUAU